AAAAAAACCUCAGUGGCCGAGGGCUGCCACUACCAUCAUGCCUUGCGUGCUUAACAAGCCAGUCAAGAUGGCGGACACUUGGAAGGAUGAAGAUGAUCUUAAAAAGGCUAUGGAGAAUUAUGUUAAACWAGGACUAACAAGAGAAGAAGUUCUAGAUUUCUUAAAGAGCGACUUUCCGGAAUAUCCAUGGCGUCUCCGAACUCUAGACCGUCGCAUGAGGUAUUUUGGGAUUUAUUAUAAUGACAACAACAUCGAAGUUCAACAAGUAAAAGAAGUCGUGGAAAAGGAGCUACAAGGACCAGGAAAGCUCUUAGGUUAUAGGGCAUURCAUAGGAAAAUCAGACAAAAAUAUAAUUUACUUGUUACCCGAGACAAGGUGUAUGAUGUCAUGGCCGACCUCGAUCCUGAUGGACUAGCUGCUCGUGGAGGUGUCGGAGGUAAAAAGGCAAGAAAGAAGGGAAAUUUCUCAUCAAAGGGCACUAACUUUGUACAUUCAUUAGACGGGCACGACAAACUAAUGGGGUACCAGAAUUCAAYGUUCCCCAUUGCAGUAUACGGAUGUUUGGAUACUGCAAGCAGGAAGCUAAUGUGGAUUCGAGUUUGGGUUAGUAAUAGCAAUCCACAGCUAAUAGGGCGAUGGUACCUCGASCACCUAAUGGAAACAAACUUGAUGCCAGCGAUAAUAAGACUCGACAAGGGUACAGAAACAGGCACGAUGGCCACCAUGCACGCUUUKCUUAGAAAUAAUCACGAUGAUAUGGAUCCUGUUGAAACAGUUAUAUAUGGGCCUUCAACUUCAAAUCAAAUAGAGCGAUGGUGGAAAGAGCUGCAUGAACGUUUAGAAAAAUACUUUAAAGACCAACUGAAUUGGCUGAAGGACCAUGCUUAUUAUGAUCCUAAUGAUGAAGUGGAUAGAAUGCUCCUUGCUUUUAUUAUGGUGCCUGUAGUUCAGAAAGAGGUAGAUUCUUUYAAAGACAACGUAUGGAAUACACACCGUAUAAGAGCACAAAAGGACACAGUUUUGCCGGAUGGAGUCCCUAAUCAUAUUCACAGCUUCCCUGACAAGUAUGAUCUGGAAGAAUGUGGGUUACCUGUGACAGAUGAUCAACUGCAUGAGGUUGCUAUCCAAUCUGGAGUUCUUGAUGUUCCUGAUGAUUUCCUUUCCAAAGAAUUUAGGGCAGAAUGUGAACGGAUCAUCAAUCUAACCAAUUUAACACCCAAGGAUUGCAAAGAUGCCUUUAUUUUUUUAAAGCAGCAUUUUCAAGUAUCAAAUGUACAAUCUCAUAAUUAGCUCACAUUCAGGUUCAAUAUUAGCAGCUUAGUACAUGUAUCAAUGUAAUUCAUCAUUCAGUCCAUACACUUAAUCAAAAAUAUGGCAACCUGAAUGAAUAGUAACUAGUUUGGGUCUGAUUAGCCUAACUCAUUUGUGAACACACUAUAUUAUCUGUGUCAGUACGAGGCCAGCUAGACCAUCUGUUAUUCAUACUGGUUGCCAUACUUCAAUUCAGUGUACUAAAAUUCAAAAAAGAAUCAAACUCAACUUGAAACAGUAACAUACACUAUAUGGAACCACAACCAAUAAAAUAUAGUCACAUAACAAUGAUUUUAUGCAAACAUGUAUAAAAGUAGAACUGAAAAAUGUCAAUUCUGUUUGUUUUGCUGUUUGUUAUCUAUUUGUAAAUAGGAUAUAGGAUCAAAGUUGCUAAACUCUGUUAGUUUAAAAUCGGUCAAACUGAUAAUUUUGACAACAGGGUUCCCCCUUGAGUCACAAUCUAAACAUUAUUUUUAAAGGGGGACUAGCAUCAAAAUUGUCCAACCUUUAAUUUAGCUAAAACUGCACUGAAAGACUCUUAACAACCUUUUUAAAAAAUGGGUUAAUUAUUUUCUGAAAAUUCUCAUGGGAAGUAUUAGAUUUUUAUGAAUCUUUCGAGCUAUCAGUGACGUCAUACACUCCACAAAAGCAUUUAGCUACAUAUAUUUCAUUGUAAUUUGUGAUUGAAAUAUCUCAACAUAAAUAUUCUACAUUGAAGAAAAUUGGUCAGGAAGUGAAUCCUUAGCCUAGACAAUGUAAGAAAACUCCUUUAUUAACUCAAACGUUUAUUGUUGGAAAAAUAAAAUUGUUGCAGAAACAAGACAAAGAAAUGUAUGGAGCUGAAUGCUUAUGUUGAGUGUAUGAAGUCACAUGAAUGAUUUUGAUGCUGUUCACCCUUUAAAUCUUGACUAUAUCAUGUGCUGUGUCCUUAAAUUCAAACCUGUUCUUCUGUAUUUUGGAAUUUCACUUCUCAUGUAGACUUGCCCUUAUCUAGUGGCUGUAAUCCCACAAUGUUACAGUAUUUGUUGCACACGUGUUUCUCAAUAAAGUUUUUGAUGGCCACUUUUGACAGAUU